AUGAAGAUGAACAUAAGGACACAAGCAUUACACUGGGGUCUCCUCCUUCUGUGUAUAAUGAGCCUCUGCAUCCAGCUUGUGUCCAGUGGCAACCAAAGCUCCCGAGGAAAGACAGGGUCAUCACAGGAGAGGACAGGGACUUGUGAAGUGGUUGCUGCUCAUCGCUGCUGCAACAAGAACAAAAUUGAAGAACGCUCUCAAACUGUCAAGUGCUCCUGCUUCCCAGGACAGGUAGCGGGGACAACAAGGGCUCUGCCCUCUUGUGUUGAAGCCUCUAUUGUGCGACAGAAAUGGUGGUGUAAAAUGGAGCCGUGUCUGCAGGGGGAGGAGUGCAGAGUCCUCCCUGACCUCACUGGCUGGUCAUGCAUCUCUGGAAAUAAAGUGAAGACCACAAAGGUGACACGGUAGCAAGACAGAAGC